AUCCAUUUUAGGGUUUAAGCUGGUCGUCUCUGUUAGGGUUUCACAGUUGAAUCAAAUUGAGUGUCAGAAGUAAGAGACGAUGAGGAAGCUGAAGUUUCAUGAGAAGAAGCUGCUGAAAAAGGUCAACUUUCUGGAAUGGAAGAGAGAAGGCGGUCACCGUGAAGCUCACGUUAUGCACCGUUAUCACGUUACCGGCCGUGAUGACUACAAGAAGUACUCGAGUUUGUGUAGAAUGACACAGAAGCUAGUGAACAUAUUGAAACAGAUGGAUCCCAAAGACCCGUAUCGUAUCGAGAUGACUGAUGCCCUCCUUGAAAAGCUGUACAACAUGGGUGUGAUACCAUCUCAAAAAAGCUUAGCUUUGUGUGAUCGCUUAUCUGUGUCAUCCUUCUGUCGUCGUCGGCUUGCAACUGUAUUGGUGAGGUUGAAGUUUGCUGAACACUUAAAGGAAGCUGUGACAUAUAUAGAACAAGGACACGUCCGUGUGGGACCAGAUACGGUUACUGACCCAGCAUUUCUAGUAACAAGAAACAUGGAAGAUUUUAUUACAUGGGUAGAUACAUCCAAGAUUAAGAGAAAAGUCAUGGUGUAUAAUGAGAAGCUUGACGAUUAUGAUGCAAUGGCUUGAGUGACAUCUGCCUGCAUGUUCAAUAUUGAGUUCCUCAAACCCUAUAUGCGCGUAGUUGCCGAGAAGGAUUUUGAUAGCUUUCUUUAACUUGAAGGCCAUGGUUGUAUUUGCUACUCUGUAUUCAAUCAUACCGUCUUUUGUCAUUAAUUCUAGUUAAAGGUUUGGUCUAUUGUUUACUUGCAAGUUUGCUAUGAGAUCAUUCCAUGGUUGUAUUAUAUGGUCUCCUCUUCACUACUGUAGGUUAUCUAA